AUGUCAAACAUAAACGACGACGACUUGGUUCCCGAAGAAGUAGAAGGAUACACCGUUGGAGAAAAGAAAACCAUUGACGAGUACAACAAACUAGAUGCCGAAGAUGAAAGUUUGGCCAAAUGGAAAGCAUCACUCGGUUUAUCCGCAAAUGGAACUCCGUACCCCGUCAAACCCAACGACAAAAGGAAAGUGGUUGUCACGGAAUUGGCAUUGGAGUUUCCGGAACAGCCCGAUUUACAACCAAUUAGAAUAAACUUGGAAGACAAUGAAGGAAACACCAUUGUUGAUAAGGAAAUCAAAUUUAGCAUCAAGGAGAAAUCCAUCUAUCAGUUAGUUGUCAAGUUCAGAGUCCAGCAUGAGAUCAUCACCGGUUUGAAAUAUUUGCAUUCUGUAAAGAGAGGUGGUUUGAGAGUGGAUAAAGUUGAAGAACCAUUGGGAAGUUAUGCUCCAAACACGGUUGAGAAUCCAUUUUAUGAACGCAAGUUCACUGAAGUGGAAGCUCCUUCGGGGAUGAUUGCUAGAGGUACUUAUUCUGCUGUUUCCAAAUUUGUUGAUGAUGAUAAAGUGGUUCAUUUGACUGUUCCUUGGAGUUUUGCCAUUGUCAAGUGA